AUGGCUCCAUAUUUGGGUCUAAGAGGCUCCGGCCUUCGAACUGCUAUCGCAUUGGCAGCUGGACUUUGCUUUGUCGCCUUUGGAUACGGCCAGAGUGAUUUUGGAGGCCUUCUCACAGUCUCAACUUUCAGAGCGAGAUUUCCAGAGAUCGAUACCAUCGGAAAUCCCUAUAGCAGCCAUGUUGCCGUCAUUCAAGGAAUCACAAAUGCGACGUGGAAUAUUGGAGUAUGCAAGACACGCUGCUCUACUUUAAUCCAUACUAAUCUUCUCAUUAGUNGCUUUGCAAGCGCCAUCAUUGCAGUCUUUCUGGGAAACUACCUUGGCCGCCGCCAAAUGAUUAUGCUUGGCUUGGUCGUCAUGGCGAUUGGCAAGGUAAUUCAAGCCUCCUCCUACUCCUAUGGCCAAUUGGUCGCUGGAAGAUUCAUUGCUGGCUUCGGUAAUGGCUUCAACACUGCUGCUGUGCCAGCUUGGCAAGCAGAAUCGACUCGUGCACAUCGUCGAGGCACCAUGCUCAUGGUCUCUUCUGGAGCUUGCAUCGCCUUUGGUGUUGCCUUGGCUUAUUGGAUCGACUUUGCCUUCGCAUGGCUUGCUCCAAGCUCGGCCUCGUGGAGAGUAGCCACUGCAUUCCAGAUUGUACCAGCAAUGUUGGCAUUCGUGCUCAUCAUCUUCCUUCCCGAGUCACCCCGUUGGCUCAUCCUCACCGGUAGAGAGGAAGGAGCCUUGACUGUCUUGUCGGCACUGUCCGAUGCUGCUCCGGACGAUGAAGAAGUUCGCCAGGAGUUUCUCCAAAUCAAGGACGCCAUUCUCGAGAUGGCUCGUGGAGGGUUCUCCUCUGCCUUCUCGAUGAACGAGUAUAGAUAUCUGCAUCGCACCAUACUUGCAUUCAUGCUCCAGGUCAUGCAGCAGUGGACAGGAAUCAACCUGUUUACUCAAUACCUUGCUCUCAUAUUCAACACACAGACAGACUACAAGCCAUGGGUGGCGAGACUACUUGCAGGUUGUAGUGCGACCGAGCUGUUCCUGGCAUCUUUCGUCACCGUCAUUGGCAUCGACCGAUUCUGGGGUCGACGAGCCCUGUCCAUGUUCGGCGCUGUCGGUAUGUCAAUCUCGCUCAUCAUUCUCACGGUAAUGAGCUAUGUCAACACAAGCUCUACCCACAUCGUCAUGGUGGUCUUCAUCUUCGUCUACAACACUUUCUUCGCUAUUGGAUGGCAAGGCAUGUCAUGGCUAUGGGCUGUCGAGUUGACGCCUCUAGCCAUUAGGGGACCUAGCAAUGCCAUGUCAACAGCUGGAAAUUGGCUCAGCAACUUUGUCGUCGUGCUCAUCGCACCGAUCGCAUUCCACAACAUAGGCUACCGGACAUAUAUCAUCUUUGCAGUCAUCAAUGCUGCUAUCAUUCCAAUAGUUUACUUCUUCUACACUGGAUGCCGUUGUCUUGAAGAGGUUGAUGUCCUGUUCCAUCAAGCAUCUCAAACCUCAAGUCCUUGGACCAGUGUGGUCAAGGUCGCAAACAAGGAACCUCUGUGGUACGGCAAGGGAGAAGAAGGUGGUUUCAGCACCCUUGCCAGUGAUUGGCACCAGCAUCUUGCCGAAACCCAAAGAAGCUCCGACGAGCAUGGAGCUUCCUCAUCCAACGGCAGUCCACCU